UGGAAGAGGAGAGCAGAACGGCGGCAAAGCAACGGGAAAGAAAGAUGGAGACGUGGCACUGCCAGCAGGUGUGGGAGUGACCUUGACCAAGAACGCAAAAGGCGGUGGAAAAGGAUUAGGGGGGAAACCUCGCUUCUCUACUCAUUUCACCCAAGUCUCCUGUGAGCAAAGAAAAUGGAACAUGAAAUGGAAGCGAUGGAAGAAGGAGAGACGCUCUUGGGUGGCCCGCCUGAGAUAGAAGCCACAGAAGAACAGGCUUCCUCGCAAGAAUGUGUGAACAUCCUGCAGAAUCCGGAUGCUGUCCCACGUCCCAGGCAGAGAUCAUGGCGGCGGCACGAUCCUGCACGGCCCUGGAAGUCUCUGCCCGCCACUCCUACAGGAGAGCUAGAGGCAGAUCCGCCAGUUUUCUCCUCCAUGACCUCUCUCCAGGCCGAGGAGUUCUUUGAUAUGGUGGCUAAAGUCCAAGCCCGGAGGCUCAACGACCAGCGUGCUGAUUUUGCAGGGCUUGAAGGCGCAAGUGGAGAGAAUAUGGUGAUCUCGGAGGACCAGCUGUAUGACACUAUCUUGGCUCAUCAGAGCCAGCGUCUCGAAGACCAGCGCACCGAGCCGCCCAUCCCAGUGGGAGUUCAGGGGCUGCUGGAUUUGCUUCUCAGAGCCCAAGGGACCCGGAUGGAAGACCAGCGUUCAGUUCUUCCCCCUGGCCUUGCAGUGAGCAGACACUUGCCUUCCCCAGCCGGAGUAUGAAUCCACCCAAGGCCUUCCUUGAACAGUUGUGAUUCUCAGGAUUGAAGACAUGACACUGAAAGAUGUACAGCUGUGUCAGACCUAUAAAGGCAGCAGGGUCUCUGGAAUCCAGCUGAGUAACUUUAAACAAAAAAACCUUGAAGAUGCCUGUAGAUAGCCACACUGCAGUGCGUGUUAUUUGCGAUCAAGUCACUUCCGACUUAUGGUGACCCCUAUGAAUGAAUGACCCCCCCCCCCAAUCCUAUCAUUAACAGCUUUGCUUAUUAACACUUGUGAACAUGUGUAAAAUUAAGGCAGGCUCUCUGCAAAUGCAGCAUUGUGGAUUGCCCUGGACAGGAUUUCCACCUCUCUUGUUGGCAGAAUGCCUCCCACAGAGGUGCGAUUCCUGCCUUAGCACUAGCUCCAAGUCACAUAGCAAGUGGGCUAGCUUUUGAGUUUCACAGCACUCUUCUUGAAGCUGAGUGUUAGUCAAAAAGAGAAGUGAUUGAGGCAGAAGAGGAAAAUGCCCUAGUAAAGCCCUGGCGUUUCAAGAAACUGUUGGCAGACUAGCUGAGCUUGUUUCUACCACAAAGUAUCUUGAGUUGCAUGAAAGCAGUACUAGAAAUUAGUUUGGUGUUGUGGACAUAGGCUAAUUUGGAUUUUUCUUUUUUACAAAGACUCUCUUUAGCUAAAUUUGCUUGUAAAAAGCAGUUUUACAUACUUCUAAUUGGAGGGUUUUUUUAAAAAAAAAAGCAAGAUGACUCAAUUUCGGUAUCGUUUUAUUUAGAAGCUCGAUCAUGCGUCCACACUCUGCAGUACCAAGUGGGUUGUGUUCUUCUUAAUUAAGUAGAAUCAGAAUUUAUUACUGUAGAUCUACAAAUGGAACUCUUUCCCCCAAGAACCUUCUCUGCAAUCUCCGUUCGCACUGCCAGUGCAUAUAUCAUUGAUUGAUACAAUAUCCGUGGACAGAUCCAAGGUAGUGUAGGUGAGAGAGCAGUAGAACACGAGUAAAACUGUUUGAUGUAGCUUCAUGCUGAAAUCGAGAACUUUAUUCCAUUCCAACAUGAUUUGUGUCCAACUAUGCUACAGCCUCCCCCCGCCCCCCCUGCAUUAAAUCACUAAAGCGUC